AUGUUACGAUUCAAGAGAUUUGCUUCAACAUAUGAGCAAGCUAAAAUUUUAAGGAAAUACCCUAUUGGUGGAAUUAUUCAUGGUUAUGAGGUUAAAAGAGUACUACCUGUUCCAGAAUUAAGAUUAACCGCAGUCGAUUUAUAUCAUCAACAAACAGGUGCACAACAUCUUCAUAUAGACCGAAAUGAUGCUAAUAAUAUUUUUAGUAUUGCAUUUAAAACAAAUCCACCAAAUGCAACAGGUGUACCUCAUAUCCUUGAACAUACUACAUUAUGUGGAUCUCAAAAAUAUCCUGUUCAUGAUCCAUUUUUUAAAAUGUUAAAUAAAUCAUUAGCAAACUUUAUGAAUGCAAUGACGGGACAAGAUUAUACUUUUUUCCCUUUUGCUACUACUAAUAUUAAAGAUUUUGCAAAUUUAAGAGAUGUCUAUUUAGAUGCUACAUUAAAUCCUUUAUUGAAAAGAGAAGAUUUUAAUCAAGAAGGUUGGAGAUUAGAAUAUUCUGAUAUCGAAGAUAAAAAAUCUGAUAUUACUUUUAAAGGUGUUGUAUAUAAUGAAAUGAAAGGACAAGUAUCAAAUCCUGACUAUUAUUUUUGGAGUCAAUUUCAACAAGCAAUAUAUCCUUCAUUAAAUAAUUCUGGUGGUGACCCUAAGAAGAUAACAGAUUUAAUGUAUGAAGAUUUGGUAGAGUUUCAAAGAAAAAAUUAUCAUCCAUCGAAUUCAAAGACAUUUACUUAUGGUACAUUCCCCUUGGUUGAUACACUAAAGAGGCUUAAUAAAGAAUUUAUAUUAUUUGGUAAAAGAAAUAGUAAAUAUGACAAAUUGAUGCCAAUUGAAUUAAAUGAGGAUAUAACGGUAACUAAGAAUGGACAAUUGGAUCCAAUGUUACCACCAGAGAAACAGUUUAAAAGUUCUUUAACUUGGCUUUGUGGCACUCCAGAGGAUCAUUAUGAAACAUUUUUAUUAAAGAUUUUAGGAAACCUUUUAAUGGAUGGUCAAUCAUCAAUAAUGUAUAAAAAAUUAAUUGAAUCAGGAUUAGGUCAUGAAUUUGCAGUUAAUUCAGGUGCAGAAUCAAAUACUUCAGUCAAUAUGUUUACCGUCGGUGUCCAAGGCAUUGAAAAUCCAACUAACUUAAAGGAUAAUGUACAAAAAAUCUUUGAAGAAGUACUAGCAACACCAUUCGAUAAAACUAAGAUCGAAGCCAUUAUUCAACAAAUUGAACUAAGUAAGAAGGAUCAAAAACCUGAUUUUGGUCUUCAAAUCCUUUAUAGUAUUAUUCCCGGUUGGACAAAUAAUUUAGAUCCAUUCGAUAGUUUACUCUUUGAUGAAACUUUAAACAGAUUUAGAAAUGAUUUAGAGACGAAAGGUGAUGGUCUGUUCUAUGACAUUAUUAACAAAUAUAUUUAUAAGAAACCAUCACUUCAAUUUACAAUGGAAGGAUCCUCGAAGUUUUCUAGCGAACUAGAGAAUGAAGAGAAAACUAGAUUACAAAAGAAGAUUGAAACCCUAGAUGCUUCUGAUAAAAACAUUAUAUACGAACGUGGUAAAAUAUUAAAUGAAAAACAAAACAAAGUAGAAGAUUUAUCAUGCUUACCCUCAUUGAAAUUAGCAGAUAUCCCCAGACAAGGGCAAGAAUAUCCAAUAGAUAUACACGACGAGAGCAUUAUAACACGUAUUACUGAUACAAAUGGUAUUUCAUAUAUUCGUGGUAAAAAGACUUUAAACGAUCAAAUACCUUUGGAACUAUACCCAUACAUCCCAUUAUUUGUUGACUCAUUAACCAGCCUUGGGACAAAGGAUGAACCCUUCAGCGAGAUUGAAAACAAAAUAAAACUUUACACUGGUGGUAUAUCUGCAAGUUAUUCUGUGACAUCCGACCCUAAGACACUUAAACCAAAGUUUAAUUUCCUAUUUAGUGGUUGGGCAUUAAACUCGAAGACAGAUAAAAUCGUUGAAUUUUGGGAGAAAUUAUUACUAAGAACAGAUUUCCAAAAGAAUAGUGAAAACUUAAAGGUUUUAAUUAGAAUGUUAGCCUCUUCUAACAUCAGCUCAGUUUCUGAUUCCGGCCACGUCUUUGCAAGAGGUUAUGCUUGUGCGCAUUUUAAUGAAACAAAUGCGAUAAAUGAAUCAUUACAAGGUAUUGAACAAUUACAAUUAAUUGGAAGACUAGCCAAGGUUCUCGAUGAUCCAGAAAAAUUCCAAAGUGAAGUAAUAGACAAGAUGAUUCAGCUACAAGAUAUUAUUAUAGGCCAAAAUCCUAAAGAUUUGCAAUUCUUUGUUACCACUGAUACAAAUAACCAGGUAGAAAAGAUAAGUUCUGAGUUAUACAAAUUUAAGGAACAAUUUACAAAAGUCAACACAGGAAAAUUGGUAAGUGGUUCUGAAACUCAAAAAUACCCGUUAAUUCAAACUCAAAACCCAACAUUAUUAAAUUUUUCAUUCCAAACACAUCACACUGCACUCUCUAAACCAACUAAUAUUCCUUUCAUAAAUAAAGAUGGUGCAGCUUUACAAAUUUUGUCAAGCGUCUUAAGUUCUAAGCAUUUGCAUAAAGAAAUUAGGGAAAGAAAUGGUGCAUAUGGUGCUGGUGCUAAGUAUGAUGCCAUUAAUGGUUCGUUCAAUUAUUUCAGUUAUCGUGACCCUAACCCAUUGCAAUCUAUUGCAGUUUAUAAAAAGUCAUUUGAAAUUCAGAGUGACGAUUUGAACGACGCAAAACUGCGUUUGUUCCAAGAGGUAGACUCGCCAUUGAGUAGAAGAGGGGAAGGUGUUUGGAACUUUGAUCAUGGCAUCAAUGACAAAAUGAGACAAACCAGAAGAGAAACCCUAUUAGAUGUAUCGAUGAACGAUAUCAAUAGAGUUACAGAUCAGUACCUGAAUGGCCAAACUGGCUACGAAGUUGUUGUCGGGCCUACGAUUGAAAACAAGACCGUUGCUCCCGAAUGGAACAUCGUCAAUGUAGAGCAAUGA